AUGUUUCUUCUUCUCCAGUAUUUUUUUUUUACUUUUUCUUCUUUACUUUUUGAUCUUCUUCACUCCCAUAUUUUUUACUAUCUUUUUUUCUUUACUACCUUCUUUUUCUCCAGCUUUUUGUUAAUUUUCAGUUUAUUUCUUCCCUUAUAUCUGUUCCUUAUUAUUUACAAUAUUUUUCCUCUUCCGCCUCCUUUUUCGCUACUAUAUUUUUCACUGUUUUUCUUCUUUUUCUUCAAACGAUCUUCAUUUACUCCAGCUUUUUCUUCUUCUACCCUUCUUUUCUUCUUCUUCUUCUUCUUCUUCUUCUUCUUCUUCUUCUUCUUCUUCUUCUUCUUCUUCACAACAACAACAACAACAACAACAAAAACAAUAAAUACAAUUCACUUUUUUUCCAGCUUUUUCUUUCCUAAUAUCCUCUUCUACUUCUUCACUACCACCUUUUUCCUAUCUUUCUUUUCUAACUUCCUCUUCACUACCAUAUUUUCUCCAACUUCACUAUUUUCUUCUUCACAACAACAACAACUAAUAAUAAUAAUAAUAAUGCCAAACAGCAUCAACAACAGCAACGUUAUCUUUCUCCUCUUUUUUUCUAUCUUUCUUUUCUGCUUCUUUUUCACUCUUCACUUCCUCCUCGUUUUCUUCCGCCUUUUCUCGCUUUCUCCUUCUCCAUUUCUCCUUCCUUUUUUCUAUUUCUCUUUUCUUCUUUCUCUCCCUCUCCAUCAACUUCACUUUUCUCUUUCAUCUCCGUCACGCUCUCUCCUCUUUGUUUUUGUCUCUUUCUCCUCUUUCUCUUGUUCUUUUAUAUCACUCUCUUACGAUUUCUCUUCUUUUCCUUCUUUCUUUAUCUUCUUUUUCUCUCCCCCUCUUUCUCCGCCCUUCCUUUCUUUUCCUCCCCCCCUUUUCACCCAUUCUCGUUCCCUGUCUUUUUCAUCCCAUUUAGUCUUUAUCUUUCGACAUUUUCCGUUUUGUUAA